CUCUCUCUCUCGCCCCCCUGAUUUCCUCAUCCUAAGCCGUGACGAAGAAGAGAAACUCCCGCUAGUUGGCACUGUAUCUGUAAAUCCUAAAAUACGCCAUGGGUAAGGUACACGGGUCGCUGGCACGUGCCGGGAAGGUGAGGGGGCAGACGCCGAAGGUGGCAAAGCAGGAUAAGAAGAAGAAGCCCCGGGGCAGAGCCCACAAGCGCAUGCAGUACAACAGGUGUUUUGUCACAGCCGUUGUUGGAUUUGGAAAGAAGAGGGGGCCCAACUCGUCAGAGAAGUAAGGUUGGUGUUGAAAGCUCUUUUGGUUAGUGAUGUAGGUUGGUUUUCUCUGGUGAAAUGUCAUUUUCAGUGUUUUGUUA